AUGGCUGACAUGUCUGCUGUACUCAAAUUUUACAGCGGUUCGAAGGCGCGGCACGAAGUGAUGAAGGUGGCAAAUAUCCCUUCUGGCAGAUUUACUGAAGAAGCAGGAGCCUGUAUGGACAAGAAGAGAAUAGCCUCUUCAAAAAGGAAAGCAAGCUUGGUAGAAAAAAAAGAAAAGAAUUGCACAAAGACAAGCAAAGCUU